UCGUUGUUAACGUAAAUGUGUGAAAUUCAGGAUUAUUCCAUUGAGCAUAAGGAUAUUUAUCUAAAUAAAUAUUCGGAGUGCUCAGACAUGGACCUCUACAUCACGGAUUCACUGCAAGAUAUGCUGGACAUGGACAUCAAGAAUGAAAUCGCCACAGACCUUAGUAGUAUCACUGACUUUUCUGACUCAUUAGGGCUAAAUUUUUCUGAAUUGCCGCCAUUAUUAGACAUGGACACAGAUAACUCUGCGACAUGGCUAACAAACUCGUCCAGUUUCGUACACAAUCUUGAUUUAUAUGGUUCAGAAGCUAAUGCAGUAAUGGUCAACCCAAAUUCUGUAAUGCCAUCCACAUUUGCGGAAACCCCAGUAAAAAGUAUAGUAAAAGAGGAAGCCUCAAACUUACUGCUCACGUCGGCAGCUAACAAUGACUUGAAUACUAACACUGCCCUGUCGAGUCCAAAGGAAGAAAAAAGUCACUUAACAUUUUCUCCUAACGCCAUAAAAGUACCAAAAGUAGAGCCCGAGGACCCGGCGCCAGCGCCUAAGAAAGAUUUAGAAGAAGCAACGCAAAUGGUAAUUUACGUAAGAAAACAAGAUAAAAAUGUGGUUAAAGAUCUGUUAAAGGAUUUGGACAAUAACAAAGUAAAAGCAGCUAAUGCACAGAACACAACAACAUCCACUUUGCGAAUAAAAGCAUCACAACCAGAAAUAAUCAAAGUGAGCAAUAAAAAUUGUUCUAUUUUAAAUACAAGCCAAAAAUUAACGCAACAUUUAGGUACUAAAACAAUUAUUUCUGGAAAUAUACACAUAUUAGAUGCUCAGCAAUCUAGGACAAUUUUAGCGAAUGGUAAUAAAAAUCAAGCAACAAUAUUGAUUGACAAUUCGUCGUUGAGUAGCAAUAGGCAAAUAAUAAAGACAGCAGUAGGCGGAGCAUUUACAGUUGAUACAAGCCAAGCUAAAUAUGUAAAUACGAAUAGUAAAAACACCGUGGGAGAAUUUCCCAAGCCUGCCUAUUCUUAUUCAUGUCUAAUAGCAAUGGCACUGAAAAAUUCAAGAACGGGAAGUCUACCUGUAUCAGAGAUUUACAAUUUCAUGUGUCAUCACUUUCCUUAUUUUAAAACAGCACCAAACGGAUGGAAGAAUUCAGUUCGGCAUAAUCUAAGUCUGAAUAAAUGUUUUGAGAAAAUAGAAAAACCAUCAACAAAUGGAAGUCAAAGAAAGGGGUGCUUAUGGGCAAUGAAUCCAUCGAAAGUGGGCAAGAUGGAUGAAGAAGUGCAGAAAUGGUCUCGAAAAGAUCCGCAAGCUAUAAAAAAAGCUAUGGUUUAUCCAGAAAGCCUGGAAGCUCUAGAGCGAGGUGAAAUGAAAUACACAGGUAUGGGAGGCGGCGACACAGAAGCGGAAGUAGAAGACGAUGUCGACGUGGACCCUGACGCCGAUGCCGAUCCCGAAGCCGACCUUGACCCUGAAGUUGAAUUAGAUCCCGAAAUCAAAGAAGAGGUGGAUGAUGAAGAGGCUAUUGUAGAACAGGAAUUGGAAGUAGAAGAAGUGGUAGAAGGCACCGGGAUGGUAGGCGGCACGUACCGGCUGUUAGCCACGGGACCGUCGUCACUCACGUCUUAUAUUACCGAUGUCGAGUCAGGCGAGGAAGUCAGCGAUAUUGAGGUACUGGAUCAGUCAUACGAGGAGAUUGAUAUAGACGUCACGAAACCAAUGAAGCUAGAUCUCUCGGUCACUGAAAACUAUACAAUACAACCAGCAAAGAGGGCAAAAACGAGCUUCAUUUACCAACCAGUUACGACACAGACUCACACAAGCAGACGGAAAACGCCACUCGUCAACAGAGUUGCACUAAUUUAAUCACCAGCACAUGACUUUAUUGAUUAACAAAUUGUGAUCAUAAACGACAUGGGGUCAAAAUAACUUAGUCUAUUCAUUGAAUGUUCCAUUUACGUUUUAAUAAAAUGUGUUAGAAAUGUUUGUAGCUGUGAAUCGUGUAAAAUGCUGCGUGUUUUUUGUAUCAAGUUGAUAGAUCGCAAAAGUGAUAGUCGGUACCAGAUAGUUGUAUUUACAUUUUUUUACGAAUGGGACACUUGUUACAUAUCUUUACACUGUAAAGUAGAUUUUUGUAUUUGUUAACACAUUCCUGAAAGUUCAGGGAUCAUUUCAAAGUGACUUUUUUGUAUAAUUCACUUAGAUUUGUAAGUGUUGUAUUUUCAAUGCAAUGUUCCCUUAUAGUUCAUAAACAAUAAGUUGGGUGGUCCCCGACUAAGCCAUCAGUACAAAUAAAUUUGCCGCUGUAUCGACACAUGUUGUAUGCUUAUACAUAGAAAAUAAGUAUAAUAAUCAUAAUGAAAUGACUUUAUAUUAAGUGUCGAUAAUUGAAAACUAGAAGCAAUAACUGAAAUGUACAAAAUUCUAUAAUGCAUAUUUUAGUAUAUUAAUAAGAAAUGUCUCAAUACAAUGGCUUUAUAAUAUUACAUAUAGCGGGUAUAUAAGUAAACUUCCCACCGCUACUUUUUGUACAUACUUUACUUGUAUGAUCCGUAUUGUUUUUUAUAUAUAUAUUUUGUUGACGUGGCAGCUAAGUAUAACAAUUUAGUGCUAAGCCUAUUCCUUAUUAUUUCGUUGUACCCUGACUGGUAACGGAAAAAAAUCAUAAUAAAUACAAUUAAUUAUUAUCUCACACUUAACACCUUGCUUCAAUUGCUUAGUUUAUCUGUGAGAAAAUUAUCAAACUUGUAUUUUCAUUUUCUAGACUUAGAGCUAACUUGUUUUAUCUACUACCUCUACAUCAUAGUGAUAAAUUUAUAAUAAUAAAAAUGACGAUGGUAUAUAUAUUCCGUCGAUUUCAAUGUAUGUAUUCUGAUUCCAAUCGUGAUGAAAUGAAAACUUGUAUUGUCUUAGAAAAAUUAAGUCUGCCUCCUUGACAUCAAUAUGUUUAGUACACAUGUUAAUGGCAGGACUAAAAAUGUAGAAUUAUAUUUUUUGUUGUGUGCGCUGUAUAGGGUGCGAGCGUGAAAGCGAAUGUCUUAGUAGUGGUUGUGAUAAGCUGGAUCUCUCGAAUUAGCGCUGAAUUGGGGUUAAUAGAGAAAAACUGGCCACUUAACAUGCUAUGGAGAGGAAGUUUGUAGUAGGUCCAUAUUUUAAUGUUUCUGUUCCUUUCAUGGCAGAAAAACGAUGCUAAUUAAAAUGUUUCCCGUGUUAUUUCUAGACGCAGUAAGUACUCUUAAAUAGUGUUGUAGAUUAACAUUUUCUACCUACAAUAUCUUUUCCAUAUAAAAAUUAGAAUAGUUGAAACUGUGAUAUGAUAAUUGAAUUAAAAUCGAGGUAUUAUCGCAAGUUAUUUUCUCAAGACUUCUGAAUCACUUCGGAGAAAAUUGGACAUUAAAUUGAAAAUGUUGGUAAGCACAUUGAUAGAAGUAUCUUAAUUAUUAAUCCUAUCUUUAAUUAUAAUUAGUCUAAAUAAGUACUGUGCAAGAUUGAAAGGUACUUUAGCGAUUAUGUUCCUACAUUUUGAUUUUACGUAUGGAAGCAUUUCGUGAAGCCGUUUCAUCAGUUACUGUUGUACGCUGAUAAAGCAUAGGUAUAUGAAUUUGAAUGUAUUCGUCCCAGUUCUUUGUGGAUACGAGUGAUAGAAAAUCGUAGGUAAUUAAUUAACUAGGUUUGAGUACACGUUGCGAAUGUGUUUGCUGGUAUGUUGGAUCUGUCAGUGUUGUCGGUAAUAAUCUUGAUGAAAAUAUUUAAAAUACUAACUAAUUACAUAUGAAUAUUCCAAAUAUUAUCUUGCUAUAAUUGACUACACCAAGUGAAUGUGAUGUUUAGUCUUAUUACUAUAACAAAAGGCAACUAAAUUAGGUGCUUUUUGUAUACCAAUUUCAAAUAAAAGGAGUGCAAUUGUGUAAAUAUUUUAUUGUAGUUCGUCAUUUGGAAUAAUAAUAAUAGUGCGUAUAUAUUUACUUAACUGUAAUCAUAUUUUAGAAGAUUCUAUCGUGUUUAUGAAUUUUUGUAUCCAUAGAAGUUUUCUCAAUAUAAAUAAAUAUUUGUUCAUGUUUAUCUUUUGUACUCGUGUAGAAUAACAACUUAUUCAACUCUGCUGUAGGCUGAUUUAGAAGUACAAUCGGAACUAAUAAUAGUAUAUACAAGUUAACAUAUGACUGAAUUGUAACUGAAAUUAAGUUCGUUUAUAAGAUUGUACAUUGGGUUUGCAAAAACAUACGCCAUGCGAUAAUCUUAUUCACAGACUUAGACUGUCAUACCUAUAAUUACUUCCAAUAAAUAAAACCCACGUUUACAAUUUUAGAUAGUAAUUAUAUUGCGUAUUUUUCCACUGCCAGUAUUUCAACAUCCAUGUAA